AUGGAUAUCGCGGGACCAAGCAACUCCUCCGAAGAGACUUACGUGAGUUUUUCCGGUUUUCUCCAUACUUUCAAACAAAAACCUUGUUCAGGAAAAGUGGGCGCCAGUCGUCGAGUGCCCUAUUUGCUACAAUGUGUACGACAAACCGGUGCAAAUGGGAUGUGGCCACACGCUGUGCUCUUCUUGCGUCAAAAGAUUAGUGGAUCAAGUGAAGUCGAAUGCGAAUGUGGAAGUCGACGGGCCACGUCUGCACAACAUAGCAGCAGCGCAAGUCUUGUUGAACGCGGCAGGGGAUCCGAAUUUGCUCAACGGGUUGCCCGGAUUGGGAGGACUCAACGAUCAGAUAGACGAUGCGGCGUUGAUCGAUUUGCCACGGAUGGACCCCCGGGACCCAGGAUUUGUUCGUGGAGCGAUUGCUUUUCCCCAUCGGCGUCGCAUCCAAGAAGGAGCAUGGGAAAUCAAAUGUCCGGAGUGCAGAAAACCAACGAUCGUGCCAGCGGACGGACUGCCGGUCAACUACCGUGUGCAGGAAAUGGUGCAGAAACUGACGCCAAUGAUAAAGGAGAGGCAUAUGGAGAAAAUGUGCAAGCAGUGCAAUGCUAAUCUCGCCGGCGGCAUCUUCUUCGAUUGUAUCCAGUGCGACGAAAACGGCAAGCAGAUCUGCUCGACAUGCGCAAUUCGCUCGCACAACGGACACGAAGUCGCCGAACGAAAGGCGCUGACGUCGACAGACGUGCGUGACACAAAGGAAGCGAUUGACAGAGCGGCGCAGAAGGCGUACCAGGCUUUCGAAGAAAUCAAGCCGCAUCUUCGGACGAUCGGAGGAAUAAUUGAAACGAAAGCUUCGGAGGUAAAACUUUAAAACACAGCACACUUGAACUAAACAAUAAAUUGCAGAAGCUCAAGGCGCUCCUCAAAAUAUUUGCUCACAUGAGUAAUUCGAUUGAAAGCAAGAUCACUGAUACGUCGACUGCUGAUGACCUGGCGCAAGAAGUGCGCAAUGCAGAGCGCAUGGCUGAGGUCUACAAGGCUUCUGUGGCAAAAAUUAGCAACGAAAUGAUGGCAACUAUUGACAACGCGUUCGCGGUGUUCUGGGAUCCAUUUGAGGUCAGUAAAGUUUGUUGCUCAAUGAUCACGUUGUCAAAUAUUAAUUUUCAGCAACUGAAAACUGAGCUGAACUACGAUGUGGAGAUACCUGCCGAAGCUCAGGCUCCGCCAGCGAAUGGCAACGCGGCAGUUGCAGCUGAACCUGGGGACGCGGCGGCUGGCCAAGUUGCUCCUGGAAAUGCAAGAAUAGCGCCGGCCAACAACGUCAAUCCGAACGAUUUGGCCCCACUACGCAAUAACAACAAUCCGAUGAUGGUGAUCCACGGAGUCAUACACAAUCAGCAACAAGUGGCCCGUGCUAAUGCCCGUCGUCGCGCAGGUCCACCUCAGUUCCCACAGCAGCAGCAGAUAAUUCAGCAAGGAAACAUGCGGAUGAUGCCGCCAGGAGCGAUGCUGCAGUUCCGACAGCCUUUCCCGCCGCAACAGAACCCGAAUAUGCAACAAGGACCUCCGCAACCGGGACAACCGCAACAAGGGCAUCCGCAACCAGGACAUCCCCAACAAGGUCCACAUAUGCAUGGAUUCGGUUUUCCAAUGCCCAACCAGCAUCCGGCGGUGCAUAUGAAUAUGAUGCCCCCGCAGAUGCCACAAAUGCCUCCGCAGAUGCCGCAAAUGCAACAACAGGCGCCGCGACAACAGCAACAGGGACCGCCGCACCACCAUCAAAUGCAACAGAUGCAGAAUAUGGGACCGGCGCCGCAUAUGGGCCAGCAGCCAAUGGGACAUCAUUACAAUCCGCAUAUGCAUCAACACCCACUUCCGAUGCAACAGCAGCAGCAACAGCAGAACAUGAUGCCGCCUCAGAUGCCUCAACAGAUGCCCCAACAAGCUCCGAUCCGUCGUCAGCCCGACCCGAAUGCGUUUCCACCGCCGCCUCAACAGAAUAAUCAGCCGUAUCUCGGAGGAAUGCAAAGACAGCAGCAGCAGAAUAACGGCCCUCCGCCGCAAAUAGUCAUGCAACAUCAGAUGCUCCAUCACCAGUUGCAUCAUCAUCAACAUCAACAUAUGCAGCAACAGCAGUUCCAGCAGAAUCAUCAACAGGCUAUGCAGCAACAUAUGCAACACAACCAUCAGCAGCGACUUCUACAGCAACACCAGAUGGACCAGCAACGAAUGCAGAAUCAACAGCGCGCUCAUCCACCCCUGCAGCAGGAGCUCGCGCAGAUCAUACUACAAGAUCAAAUCCAGCAGCAAUUGCAAAACAUGCGAAACCAGCAAGUUGGAAUAGACCAAGAUCAACAGGAGCCGCCAGCGAUGCCAGCCAUGCCGGCCAUGCCAAUUGAUAAUCCUCGUGAUGAAAUCCCUCGUGAGUGAACACAUCCCCGUGCCGUAAAGUGCUAACAUUUUUUGGUUAUCAGUAUAAAAUACAAUUUAAUUUUCAUAUAUUCGUAAAGUAUCAUAAACAUGGGUGCCAACUAAAUGUGCAUUGAAUUUCUUACCUGCUCAGGCAAAUCGUUUCUAAUCUAGCUAGCUAAUUCUCGUUUCUAACCGGAUCUAGUUAGAUUGUUAAUUUACUGCGAUUAGAUUGCAAAUUCUUCUAACUAUACAUACAUUUAGAUCGUACCCGUGUCUGCACUAGAAAUUGGCGAAAAUAACUGAUUCUCGUUACAGAAGUCGAUGACGCUGCUCAAGAUGACAACUGGGGAGCUCCACGCGAGAACCCUUUCGAUGAGUUCAACGGCCAAGGGGCCGCGCCAGCAGUCGAGGAUAUUGAACCGGAACAGCCGGAAGAAAUGGACGUCGUCGCCGGACGCGUCGAGCCCGAUAUCAACGCUUUUCGCGCCGCGAACGCCAAUCUUCAACGCUACAGAGAAGUGCGCGGACGGAUUCAGAUUAAUGCACUCGUUGUCGAUAAUUUGGAGAACGUGGGAGGCAACAACGGCGAAGAACUGGAAGCUAUUCCGGAAGACGACGAAAUUCCGAUCGUAGUGAAUCAGCAAAUGUUCGACGACAUGAAUGGUUAGUUGAAAAAAUCGAAUUUAGAAUUCCAACGUUGCAAUUAUCGUUUCAGCUGCCCAAUUUGCACGGCUCAACGAGCUUCGUCAAGAGGUUGAGGCGAUAGAUAAUCAGCUCAACCAAGACGGACAGCCGCAGGAGCUUGAGAAUCCGGAAGAGGUGCCACCUUACAAUGCAGAAGACAUCGAGCAGCAGGAGAAUCUCUAUAUACUCCCUGUUCGCAUGGAAAAUGUGCAGCAAGAGGAUGCCGAGGAAAACGGGGACAAUAACCGCCUAGACGGAGGCCCGAUCGUCGUCCUUGACGACGAGCCUGUUGAGCAAGCGGAGGAGGCUGAGAUCAUCGCUCAAAUUGUGGCGGAUACGCAAGCCGAGGAUGCAUCCGAUGAGGCUGUCAUUCUACCGGCAGAGCCACUUGCUCAGGCCCAGCGUAUCAGUUCACGUCGUUCGACAAGAAGCACCCCCGUUGUGGAGGUUCCAGCCGACGCCAGACGCACGACUCGCAGUUCCGUUCGUCAUCAAUCCUCUGCUGAUGACAGCUCCAUGCCUUCUUCGUCGGGACAGAGAAGCCCGAGUAAUGAGAGCUCUUCUAAAAGAAGGAGGUUGACAAGAAACCAAAGUCGGAAGAGCCGCAGCCGAUGGAACAGGAUGAGCCGGGAGACACUGUUCAACGACCUCAGAAGUGAGUCACCUGUAACAUUAAGUUAAUUCUCAAUGUUUCUUUCCAGGCGUCGUGCAGUCACUUCUGGAUCUGGACCUUCCACGUCUUCUGUAGCGGGACCUUCGUCUUCUACUCGCAGUCACACUCGUUCCUAA